AUGAUUACAACACAACCCAAGAAUCACAACUCGAGAGCUAAAGCCGUGAAGAAUACGUGGGGACAGAGGUGUGAUGUGCUAUACUUCGUGAGCUCACAACCAGAUCCCAGUUAUCCCAUAAUUGACGUCAAGUGCGAUAAAGAGGAUCACAACCAUCUGUGGUGUAAGAAUCGGAACGGAAUUAUCUUUGGUUUCCAGGAAUAUGUCGAUGACUUCGACUGGUUCUUGAAGGCCGACGACGACACGUAUGUCAUCGUCGAGAACCUAAGACACCUCCUGUCCUCCUAUGACACCAAUGACCCGCUCUUCUUCUCCCUGCCAUUUGUCUACCAAAAUGUCAAGUAUCCCAGCGGUGGUGCCGGUUAUAUAUUCAGCAAAGAAACGAUCACUCGUUUGGUCAAUAGAUUAACGGAUGAGACGACAGACAGAAAGCAUUGUCACACGAAAUCACAGGACGGGGCCGACGACAUCGAGAUUGGGAGAUGUUUGGAGGGGUUAGGCGUUCAAUUUGUUGAGACUAGAGACAAGUUAGGUAGGGGACGUUUUCUACCAUUCCUCCCUUUCCACUUUCUUAAGCCAGACGGUGACAUAUACAAGGAGGCCGCCUGGUUGGCCAACUAUUCCUUGUAUAAAUACAAACAGGGAUUUGACUGUUGCAGUGAUUCACUUAUUACCUUUCAUUACGUGAAUGCCCCUGAUCAGUAUGUCUACGAGUACUUCAUCUAUCGCGUGAAAAUUCAUGACUAUUAA